AUGCGGGAAGAGGAACUAGAAGUGGCUCUUAAGGUGGUCAUCGUGGGCAAUGGUGGAGUUGGCAAAUCUAGUAUGAUCCAAAGAUAUUGCAAAGGAACCUUUACCAAGGAUUACAAGAAAACCAUUGGCGUCGACUUCCUUGAACGCCAAAUAGAAGUCGACGGCGAAGAAGUACGCUUGAUGUUAUGGGACACCGCGGGCCAAGAGGAGUUCGAUGCCAUUACGAAAGCGUAUUAUCGGGGCGCGCAAGCGUGCGUACUAGCGUUUUCGACAACGGACAGGGAUUCGUUUGAGGCAGCUCAUUCGUGGAAACUUAAAGUUGAAAACGAAUGCGGUGAAAUCCCCACAGUUAUAGUUCAAAACAAAAUUGAUCUUUCCGACCAAAGUGUCGUAAAUCCGUAA